AGUCUUGAGAGAGCCAGAACCAGGAGUGACUGAGCCAUGGCCGAAGGAGAAAUCACAACCUUCACAGCCCUGACCGAGAAGUUUAAUCUGCCGCCAGGGAAUUACAAAAAGCCCAAACUCCUCUACUGCAGCAACGGGGGCCACUUCUUGAGGAUUCUUCCAGAUGGCACCGUGGACGGCACCCGGGACAGGAGUGACCAGCACAUUCAGCUGCAGCUCAGUGCGGAAAGCGUGGGGGAGGUGUACAUAAAGAGCACCGAGACUGGCCAGUACUUGGCCAUGGACACCGACGGGCUUUUAUAUGGCUCGCAGGCACCAAAUGAAGAAUGUUUGUUCCUGGAAAGGCUGGAGGAAAACCAUUACAACACCUACAUUUCCAAGAAGCAUGCAGAGAAGAAUUGGUUCGUUGGUCUCAAGAAGAACGGAAGCUGCAAACGCGGUCCUCGGACUCACUAUGGACAGAAAGCAAUCUUGUUUCUUCCCCUGCCAGUCUCCUCUGAUUAAAGAAAUCCAUUCAGGGUGCUGACCACUCCAGAGGAGUUGCAUGGGGUCCUCAUCCCAUUGACCCCCAGAAUGUUCCCUUGACCACUGGCUGCACUAACCCUUGGCCCACAGAACCUGAAUUUGUAAGCAAUGUGCUUCUAAAUACCCAGCUCACCCUUUUGCAGAGCCCUUUACCCCAGUAGUGUUUGGAACAGAGAGGACCAAAUUGCUUCUAGGGGCCAACUGGCUGGCUAGUCUGGGUCUGGGUUUGGAUGUCCGGUUGCUUCUGGACAGGCUACAGGCUGAGCCUCUCAAUGCAAAGGUGGGGCCAAAUGAAGUGUGUUAAGGGGUCUGCCAAAUGAGUCAUUAGUAACUGCGCACAAUUUCCCUCUACUGAGUGAACCCUGUCUGCUGUUCCCCCAAA